UCCACACUCCGGAGCAGAAGGGGGCGGUAAUGCGCCAAUAAGCUGGAUGCCAACCGCCGUUAAACUGGAAAGAAGAAGAAGAAGAAGCCCUUUAUACCGCCUGCUAGAAAUUAUACGAAUAUUUGUGUAAAGCUCGGUUACUAAUCAAACAGAGCAUUUUCUCAAUAUAAAGUCCUAUCGUUUCAGCCUAAGGAUUAUCACAGAAUUGAUUUGAGAGACAUUAUUGUUACAAACAUUGUAAACUACAUAUUUACGCGACGCGGCGCCGUCAGGACCUGAAAACAUGGAAUCGAAGAGGCAUCGUAGGAGCCGAUCGCGGUCCCGCUCUGGAGAAAGAUCCCGUAGAUAUGACAGACAUGCUCGGAACCGCUCUCCCGUGAAAGGUUCCCGCAGACGAGGGCGGUCUGACAGCGGAGGCUCCAGGAGCAGCGGAGGUUGUGCAGGCCCGAGCCGACACCGAGGGGGCGAGUCCGGCCACUCCAGCGACUCUGACCGCGAUCACAGAGACAGAAGAGCACGAUCACACGGAAGAUCGAAAGACGGAGACAGCUCUUCAGGUGAUAAUGACAAUAAUCAGAAGAAACAUAAGACGAAGAAGAAACACAAGGAUGAAAAGAGCAGCAGGAGGAGGAGUUCCAGCUCAGAGGCCAGCGUGGAGCGAAACCGAGCCAGAGAUGGCAGGAGCAGCGAGAGAGAGUGGAGGAGACGACAGAGCAGGAGCCUCAGCCGGGAGAGACCGAGGGAGAAAGACCAAGAGGGAAGGAGGAGAAAGAGCAAAGAGAGGGAUCGAGACAGACGUAGACGCUCUGAAUCCAGAUCCUCGAGUUCCUCGAGCUCCUCCGCUGAUUCUGAUCAGGGAGAGAAGACGACACAGGGAACCUCCUCCGCCAAAGAGGACAAGAAGAAACAGAGGGAUAUGAUGAAGGCGCUGGAGACCCCGGAGGAGAAGAGAGCCAGACGUCUGGCCAAGAAAGAGGCCAAAGAGAGGAAGAAGAGGGAGAAGAUGGGCUGGAGUGAAGAGUACAUGGGCUACACCAACGCCGACAACCCGUUUGGAGAUAACAACCUGCUCGGCACGUUCAAAUGGCAGAAGGUCAGAGAGAUGUUUCGGAUAGCAGAGUUCAAAUAUGUGUUGAUAUUGCAGUGAUGUUGCAUCGCAAAGUCUGGUUAGGACUCGUGUUAACAGAAAUAAACUUCACUUACUGUUCGCGAGCAGGAGCUGGAGAUGCUGCAGAGAGAGAAAGAGGCCGAACAUUUCAAAACAUGGGCGGAACAGGAGGACAACUUUCACCUGCAGCAGGCCAAACUGAGGUCUAAGAUCCGUAUCCGUGACGGCCGAGCAAAGCCCAUCGACCUGCUGGCUAAAUACAUCAGCGCUGAAGACGAUGAUCUGUCGGUGGAGAUGCAUGAACCGUACACCUUCCUCAACGGACUCACCGCCACAGACAUGGACGACCUGCUGGAGGACAUCAAGGUGUACAUGGAGCUGGAACAGGGCAAGAACGUGGAUUUCUGGAGGGACAUGACCACCAUUACUGAAGACGAGAUCAGCAAACUGCGCAAACUAGAGGCGUCAGGCAGAGGACCAGGUGACCGUCGUGAGGGCAUAAACACAUCCGUCAGCACAGACGUGCAGAGUGUGUUUAAAGGGAAGACGUACAGUCAGCUUCAGGCUCUUUAUAUGAACAUUGAGAAUAAGAUCCAGGCCGGAGGCUCCAACCUGGACGUCGGCUACUGGGAGAGUCUCCUGCAGCAGGUGCGGGUCUACAUGGCACGAGCCAGGCUGAGAGAGCGGCAUCAGGACGUCCUGCGGCAGAAGCUGUAUAAACUCAAGCAGGAACAGGGUGUGGAGAGUGAACCGCUUUUCCCCAUCAUCAAAGACGAGCCCAGGAAUGAGCGGCCCGUCCCUAGAGCGGCUGAGUCUGCAGAUGAGGUGGCGGGCAGCUCUCAGCAAGGUGACGAUAAAGACAGACGGACCAAGAGGCUGGAUGGAGAAGAGGGUGAGCGGUCUGGAAGGAGCAGUCCUGAGGAGAGGAAGGGAGGGGAGGUGGAGGAGGGAGAGAAAGAUGAAGCACCGGAGGCCGUGUUAACAGAGGAGGAUCUGAUCCAGCAGAGUCAGGCAGAGUACGACUCCGGCCGCUACAGUCCCACCCUCCUGCAGCCCUCAGAGUUACCGCUGGACACGCACAUCAUCAACGUGGAGGAGGACCUGCAGAGACUCGUGCUGGCCCGGACACAGCUGCAGGUGACCGGCGAUGCAAAUGAAAGCGCUGAAGAUGCAUUCGUGCGUCGCGCUAAAGAGGGCAUGGGCGGCGACGAGGCCCAGUUCAGCGUUGAGAUGCCUUUGACUGGAAAAAUGUACCUGUGGGCCGACAAAUACCGCCCGCGCAAGCCCCGCUUCUUCAACCGUGUCCACACCGGCUUCGAGUGGAACAAAUACAACCAGACGCAUUACGACUUUGACAACCCGCCGCCCAAGAUCGUCCAGGGCUACAAGUUCAACAUCUUCUACCCCGAUCUCAUCGACAAGCGCUCGACUCCGCAGUACUUCCUCGAGCCCUGUCCUGACAACAAAGACUUUGGAAUGUUGCGCUUCCACGCCGGACCACCGUAUGAGGAUAUUGCAUUUAAGAUCGUGAACCGUGAAUGGGAAUAUUCCCAUCGCCAUGGUUUCCGCUGCCAGUUCGCCAAUGGAAUCUUUCAGCUGUGGUUCCACUUUAAGCGAUACCGCUACAGACGAUGAAGAGGAUGAGUUGUAUUAGCAAAGUGAUGAUUAUCAGGAAUCUUCAAAUGCUGUAAAAUUGGUGUAAAUCUAGAAAAGGUAGUACAAACUCAGUUUAUUGAUUCCAUUCGUGUCUCCCGUUAGUGGAAGAACAGGUUUUCAAUGGGAUAGACCUUUUCUGGUUUGGAGGCACUUAGCUUGCAUUUGAUUCCUUUUUUAAAUCGUGUUUGUUGGUUGAGCUUGAAAAAAUGCUAUUCUUGUACUAUUUGUUUUUGAGAUGAUGUAUUAAAGAUUGCUUGCUUAUUUUUAA